AUGGCGCUAAAUUGGCCAGGACUGCUGUCCAUGGGAUUGUUUUACAUGAUCGUACUGGGCACAGGUAUCUGGGCAUCCAGGAAGUCCAAACGUGAAGAGAAAAAGUGCACCGGGAACCGCAGUGAAGUGACAAUGGUUGGAGGGCGGAACCUUAACAUCUGUGUCAGCAUCUUUACUAUGACAGCCACAUGGGUGGGAGGAGGCUAUAUUUUGGGUAAUGCUGAAAUGGUUUACAAUCCAACAAAGGGCUUGGUGUGGGCCACUGGAACCAUUGCCUUCGUCAUAAACAUGAUUUUAGGUGCACUCUUCCUUGUCAAACCUAUUCGCUCUAAGAACUAUGUCACGCUCAUGGACCCAUUUCAGAAAAAAUAUGGCAACACUGUGGCUGCCGUUCUUUUCAUUCCCGCUCUCGUAGGUGAUAUCUUGUGGAUAGCAUGUGUUCUUGGUUCACUGGGAGGAACGGUAAGCGUAGUCAUCGAUAUGUCCUCGUCUCUGGCUGUGGGCAUCUCUGCUGCUGUGGCAAUUAUUUACACGUUAAUGGGAGGACUGUACUCUGUGGCCUAUACUGACGUCAUCCAGCUCUGCUUUAUGUUUGGCGGCUUGUGGCUCUGUGUACCUUUUAUCCUGUCAAGUCCCUCCUCUGCAAACAUCACUGUUGCUGCACUAACCAAGCUGCAUCAGGAGCCAUGGAUUGGCAAACUGGAGCUAAAAGAUGCCGGACGCUGGGUAGAUGACUUAUUGCUAAUGGCCAUUGGAGGGCUCUGCUACCAGGCUUUCUACCAGAGAGUCCUGUCCACAGCCACUGAUGCCCAAGCUAAGAUCACCUGCUAUGUUGGAGCAGUAUUUUGCCCAAUCCUUGCCAUCCCAUCACUCAUCAUAGGAGCAGUAGCAGCAUCUACCAACUGGAACCAGACCACCUACGGUUCGCCGAGCCCAUAUGAACAGGGCAAAGCUGGUUUGAUCUUGCCAAUUGCCCUUCAGCAUCUUUGCCCUUUCUACAUCUCACUGGUUGGUAUAGGAGCUCUUGCUGCUGCUGUGAUGUCAUCAGCUGACUCUACACUUCUCGCUGCUGCCUCCCAACUGAGCCGAAAUAUCUUCAAGAACAUCAUCUAUAAAAGGGCAUCAGAAACAUUGAUACUUGUGGUGGUUAAAGUGUCAGUGCUCCUGUGUGGAAUGAUGGGAGCAGGCCUGGCCAUGAUAUCAACUUCCAUUUACUUGUUGUGGAUCCUCAGCGCAGAUGUCUUGUAUUCAAUGAUGACUCCCCAGGUGAUAUGCAUCUUCUACUUGUCUCAGUGGGUGAACCACUAUGGGGCCUGCUCUGGCUUUGUGUUGGCAAUACUGCUGAGAGUUCUGGUUGGGGAACCCUUACUAGGCCUUCCUGAUGUGCUGCCCCUGCCGUGGGACCAGAUACAGGAGGACGGUCACCUAUACCGCUUGUUUCCUUUUCGUACUGCCAUCAUGCUCAUCACCAGCGGGACUAUUUUACUAGUUUCACGCCUUGCUGUGUGGCUGUCUGAGAAGGGGUUGCUGAAAAGAAUAAAUGAUUCUGAAACUGACACGAACACACAUUACAUGGCACCGGUCCAAACCGAUGCGGAUGAAAAGGAGACGGAAGGUUGAACAGACACAUUUAUGCUCUCAGCUACAAUCCUUACAGUUUGAUUGGUGCGGACCAUUUUAAACCACAACCACCACAGCGGGUACUAUACACACUUCUGUCAACCAACCAGCCAACCAACCAAACACAUAUAACUCACCUAUUAUACUUUAUCAUAACCCACAGAUUACAUGAGAAGUACGGCCUCGCAGUUCUAUGCCUCUGCCAAACCAGUCAAGUUACUGUUUACAUCCUUGCUCUCAAGACUCAUAUGAAUCCAAGACAGCUGACAAUGCUUCAAAUACUGGUGAAACUGCAAAGAAGCUAUAAAUUCUAAAACACUGACGCUUCCCACACACAUCUUCCUCCCGGCAAAACAGAAGAUCUUUACAAUUACAGUUUCAAGCUGCACACCCAAAAGUAUCUGACCAAAUGUCUCCCUUUUUGUUCCCGAGAUAUGAUGUUGAAUAAUGGCAAGAAAAGUUUUUUUGU